CAAAUCCACCGUCUCCUGGGAUCUGUUUCUGAUUUUGCUUGAACGUACUUGGGCUUUUAAUUUUGCUUCAGGACCAGGCCAUGGGGAGGCCGAGACAAGGGAAUGCAUUUACUACAACGCCAACUGGGAAUUGGAGAAGACCAACCAGAGCGGUGUGGAGCGCUGCGAGGGGGAGAAAGACAAGCGUCUCCACUGCUACGCCUCCUGGAGAAACAACUCGGGCUCCAUCGAGCUGGUGAAGAAAGGCUGCUGGUUAGACGACUUCAACUGUUAUGACAGGCAGGAGUGUGUAGCCACAGAAGAAAACCCUCAAGUGUUUUUCUGCUGCUGCGAGGGCAACUAUUGCAAUGAGAAGUUUACCCAUUUGCCCGAAGUCACCGGUCCAGAAGUCAUAUAUGAGCCGCCGCCACCAACGCCCUCCCUGCUCAACAUCCUGGUGUACUCGCUGCUCCCCAUUGCUGUCCUCUCCAUGGCCAUCCUCUUGGCCUUCUGGAUGUAUCGUCACCGCAAGCCUCCCUACGGGCACGUUGACAUUAAUGAGGACCCCGGCCCACCACCCCCUUCUCCCCUCGUUGGCCUAAAGCCUCUGCAGCUCUUGGAGAUCAAGGCGAGGGGACGCUUUGGCUGUGUGUGGAAGGCUCAGCUGAUGAAUGACUACGUAGCAGUGAAAAUCUUCCCUAUUCAGGAUAAGCAAUCUUGGCAGAGCGAGAGGGAGAUUUUCAAUACUCCUGGCAUGAAGCAUGAAAACCUUUUGCAAUUUAUCGCAGCAGAAAAAAGAGGGACAAACCUAGAGACAGAGCUCUGGCUGAUCACAGCUUUCCACGACAAGGGCUCUCUGACGGAUUACCUGAAGGGCAAUAUUAUCAGCUGGAAUGAGCUCUGCCACGUUGCAGAAACAAUGGCCCGGGGCUUGUCCUACCUUCAUGAAGAUGUCCCUUGGUGCAAAGGUGAAGGACACAAACCUGCUAUAGCACACAGGGACUUCAAGAGUAAAAACGUCUUGCUGAAGAACGACUUGACGGCGGUGCUAGCUGAUUUUGGACUAGCUGUACGGUUUGAACCUGGAAAACCCCCAGGGGACACUCAUGGACAG